AUGCUAAAGGAUCCACAAUCACUGCUUACCCGUGUCCUAAGAGCUAAAUACUUCUCUAAAUCCUCUUUACUGGAGGCAAAACUUGGACACCGUCCAAGUCAUUCAUGGAGAAGCAUCCUCCAAGGUACGCAGCUCCUUAAACAGGGUUUAAAAUGGGAUGUUGGUGAUGGAAAGACAAUUAAAGUCUGGCAUGACCCAUGGUUGAGCAAUCCUCCAAGGCCUGCUAGGAGUUUAUUACCCCCUGCCACUGAUCUUCUAACUGUUUCAGAUCUUAUGAAGCCUAACUUGAGUAUGUGGGAUGAUAUCAAACUUCAGGAGAGAGUUCAUCCAGAAGAUAUUCCUCUCAUCAAGAAAACUCGAUUGCGACUCAUCAAAACACAUGACACUCCUACCUGGAUUUUCACAAACGAUGGCCAAUACACAGUUAGAUCAGGCUACCAUCAAUUAACCAAGCCAGGUACAGAGCAUAAUCCUGCAAAUUCUUCAAUAAAUACAUUAUGGAAGCAACUCUGGAAGUUAAAUAUCCCACCAAAAAUUAAACUUUUUUGGUGGCGAGUUCUUCACAAUGCCCUCCCAGUAGCUGAUAAUCUUGCCCGCAGGAAGCUCAAGAUUCUAUUAGACUGUAUAUUUUGUGGUGAUGCAAAAGAGUCUAUCCUCCAUCUUCUCUUUCAGUGUCGCUUUGCCAAAGAAGUAUGGGAGUUAUCACCACUUCGAAUUCAGCCAGGUCAGUUAGAGGGUAAAACAUUUCUUUCUGAUAUCAUGCAACAUCUUUUGAUGCUUAAGGAUCAGACUAUGCUUCAAGAACACCUCUUUCCUUUUAUUGGAUGGAGACUGUGGAAAGCUCGCAAUGAGUUGUUUUUUAACAACAAAAAAAGGGCUAUACCUGACAUCAUACAAUAUGCCUUGAUGGAUUAUAACCUUUGGAAAGAUUCUCAAUCUGAUCCUAAUGCAUUGAAUAUGCAUAAAGCAAAGCCAAAAGUGGCUACACUCCAAGAAAUUAUGCAGCAUACCUCAUCCUUGAUAUGUUGUGCAGAUGCUUCCUGGACUGAUUCAAGCUCAAAGGCAGGUAUUGGAUGGAUCCUCCUCACUCCACAAGGUGGCAGAAUCCUCCGAAGAUUCUCCUCAGUUGAUCCUGUAAAUUCUGCACUUGAAGCUGAGGCUCUAGCACUAAAAGAAGCCCUAUUACAUGUGAGACGCCUCCAAUACAAAAAUGUUAUCUUCUGUGGUGAUUCACUCACUCUCUAUCGUCACUUGGAAAAAACAACGAAGCUGCCACAUUCACUUCCUAGCCUUUUGGAGAUUCAACCUUACUUGGAUGACAUAGCAGCCAUCACUAUAAGCUCUUUUUCUUUUAAGUACAUCUGUAGAAGUGAUAACAAUGCUGCUGAUCUUAUAGCAAAAACUGCUAGAUCCUCGGUAGGAACGCACCGAGGUGCUACAAAGUGGACUUCUCCCGGUUCAACGGUUCAACGAUUCAACGGAUACCAUGAGCUCCGAGCGGACUCGGGUCGAACGGGCCAUGAGAUCCAUGAGAUCCAGAAUUGGGCCACCACACUGCCUGAUCCGAGUUUGGAGUGCCUUCCGACUAAUGCCAGGGGUAGUCAGGCCGCCUACAUUUCUGGUUACCAGGAAGAAUCGAACUCAGGUUUGGGAGUUUCACCAUUUCCCAAAGAUUCCUCUGCCACUAGACCACAGAUGUUUGGGCGCUUGAAUCUUUCUAAACAAAUCUUCAAUCUUAAUCUCAAAACAUAG